UUUAAAGGGAACGGGUUUUGUUUUCGCUGCACUACUUUAUGUAUAGCUCCGACCAUGAUUUUAAACGAGUAUAUAGUGCUAUUAACGCGGCUCGCGGUUCUCACCACCAUUAGAUGUUUUUGUGUCAAUGUGAAUUUAUGAGAAUAAUUUUGGAACCAGAUGUCGAUUUCAUCGAUUGAUAGACAUGCGAGUUUUCGCAGGGUCUAUAUCUUGUCUGCAUGAGCGGUGCUGCGUCCCUUCUCUCCUUUCCUGUGCUGGCCGCCAUCUUGAAUUUUAAUGUUAAUUUUCUGGAAAUUUUUGUUUCCUCUGGUGUUUUUUUAGACGGGAUUUAAUGGCUAUUCCGGCCCUCUAGGACGGACCAUCCACACCUCAGGAGACAGGUAAAAGGACAAUACCUGGGUUUAUUGAUCCCACUCUACUGGGCUUCUUUAAGACGGAGACUAAAUGCUACUAGCUCAGGCGAAUUGUUGGUAUGAAGUGGUUGGGAGAAUCCAAGAACAUGGUAGUAAAUGGCAGGAGACAUGGAAGCAGGUUCUCCAGUGAACAUAAUCAAAAUCAAUCUAGGCUGCAACAUUCCCCAAGGGCACACAUAAGACACAGCAAAAGCUCCCCAAACAGCAGACGAUGUAGUAAACGUUUUAGUGGGGUAAGCCUUGAAGCAGAAAGACGAUACGUACCUUCCUCUGGAAUGACCGCCAAAGAGCUGUGUGAAAAUGAUGAUCUUGCAACCAGUUUGAUUCUUGAUCCCUAUUUAGGUUUCCAGACCCAUAAAAUGAACACCAGGUUCCGACCUAUUAAAGGGAGACAAGAAGAACUGAAGGAGGUGAUAGAAUACUUUAAAAAGCAUGAUAGCUUGGAGAAAGCUUUCAGAGAUCUGACUGCAGGAGAUUGGGCUCGACACUACUUCCUCCAUAAGACUAAGAUCCAGGAAAAGUUAUUCAAAGAACAUGUAUUCAUUUAUUUACGAAUGUUUGCCUCUAAUAGCGGGUUUGAAAUUUUGCCCUGCAAUCGUUAUUCAUCUGAGCAAAACGGAGCUAAAAUUGUUGCAACAAAAGAGUGGAAGAGGAAUGACAAGAUUGAGUUUCUGGUUGGCUGUAUCGCAGAGCUGUCGGAGAGUGAAGAGAACAUGCUGCUCAGACAUGGAGAAAAUGACUUCAGUGUCAUGUAUUCCACAAGGAAGAACUGUGCUCAGUUGUGGCUUGGUCCCGCUGCAUUUAUCAACCAUGACUGCCGACCAGACUGCAAGUUUGUUUCAACUGGACGAGAUACAGCAUGUGUGAAGGUUCUACGAGAUAUUGAACCUGGUGAAGAAAUUUCUUGUUACUAUGGGGAUGGCUUCUUUGGUGAAAACAAUGAAUUCUGUGAAUGCCACACUUGUGAAAGGCGUGGCACAGGUGCUUUUAAAUCAAAAGUUGGACUGCCAGUCCCUACUCCUAUAAUCAAUAGCAAGUAUGGACUGAGAGAAACAGACAAACGCUUGAACAGGCUAAAGAAGUUAAGGGAAAGCAGCAAAAACUCAGACAACCAGUCUGUCAGCUCCCACACUGAUGCAGAUAACACUCAGGAAAACCCUAAUGCACACACAUCUUCAAAUAAAAAAACUGCAGGUGUGAAAAAGUUCAGCAAAAGCAGGACAUUGACAAGGCAGUCAUUAUCAAGAACUUCUACCUCAUCUUCAAAACAAAGUCAUACUAGUAAUUCCAGGGCACCAAAGAGACUAAAAAACAAGCCCACAAAGCCUUUGCUCCCUAAACUGAGGUUAAGAAGUCAAAGGCAAAGGCCAGAGCAAAAGAGUUCUUCAAGGAAUCUUGACAUGGGGAGCUUGGUUCUUAAGGAGCCCAAGGUUGUUCUUUAUAAAAACUUACCAGUAAAAAAUGAGACAGAAACAGGGGGACCAGUCAGAGUGGAGGAGGAAAGUGGAUGCUUGACCAGGCAUUCUGCAAAAGAAAACAAACACAAUUCUAUAAAAGGUGCUACUGUAUAUGACAGGACUUUAUCUUGCACUUAUAGUACAAGGAGGUCUACAAGAACUAGGAUGACUUCUAAGACGACCUCUGACCUUAAGCUUGAACCAAAUAUAUUGGACAGUCGUAGUCACCAUAACAUGGUAAUAAAAAGUGAGCCUAUGGACUUCGAGGAACAUACAUGUAUGACGCAGGGAAUUAAAUUGAACGACUCCUUGCCUAAACUGGAGAAUAACCUCCAGAGAAACGGUGCGUGCUUACGCAGGAGGAGUCUGCAAGUAAAACAGGAGAGAAAAAUUAAAUUAGAAGAGACAGACUCAUUCAGUGAUGCUUUCUUUCAGGAAGGUGUACAUCAGUUAAUGAGCCCAUCAUGUGCAAAUGACAUUGAUUGUGGGAAAAUGCUGUUGAAUAUACCUGAUAGGCAUCAGGAAUGCAAUGGGGCAUCCAAUGGGGGAACAUUAAUCACUGUGGACAAGAGCAAAGAUGGCUGCCGAACAGUUGGAAAAGGUAAGAAGAAACGAAGAAUCACGCGAUACGACGCACAGCUGAUCCUUGAGAACAGUUCAGGGAUUCCUAAACUUACACUGCGCAGACGCCGUGAUAGCAGCAGCAGUAAAACGAAUGAACCGGAAACUGAAUUGGUGAAUUCUUCAAAGAUCAGCAUCAAAUUUAGCAAAGAUCACGAAAAAGAUAAAAACAAUUCAUAUGUAGCAAAGCUUAAUAAUGGUUUUAACACAGGAUCAAGCAGCAAUCCGACAAAACUUAAAAUCCAGUUAAAACGGGAAGAAGAUGAUAGAGGUGUGAACCAUCUGCAUUCAGAGGACGUGAGGAAGAAUAGUGUUUCUUUAGGUGAAAGCGGUGAAAUGUACGAUCGUGUAGAAGAUGGGACAGAAGAAGCAGACGAUGAAUCUUCAUCUGAAGAUGAAGAGGAGGAAGAUUACUAUGAUGAGGAAUUUGAUGAUGAUUUUAUUCCUCUUCCUCCAGCUAAAAGGCUUAGACUUAUUGUUGGAAAAGAUUCUAUAGACAUUGACAUUUCCUCUAGAAGGAGAGAAGACCAGUCAUUGAGGCUCAAUGCAUAAGCUGAAGGUCUUAGCCUGACCUUAAUGUACAUAAAUUAACUUUCCAAUCAACUGUUUCUUGAUUUAAAAAAAUAUAAAUAAAAAAAAGAAGAAAAUAAAAAAAUAAUUAAGACUUUUUCUGUAAAUUUUAGUGAUGGCACUUCUCCAUUGUUUAUUCAUUACCGACAUUGAUAUUGUAGAAAGUGUACAGUAUAAUAACUCUUCCUAAGUCUGAUCUGUGCAUAUUUUUAUUGUACUUUUUAAUAGCCUUAUUAUGUGCAAUUCUGUAAAGAGCCUGUGCUCUGUUGUAGAAUAAAGGCUAAAACUGAUCUAUCCAGUAAUACUUAGAAUUAAAACAUUGGAAAACAUAAUAAUGUUGCUACCCUAAACUUUUUAAACACACAAGGAGCAUUAAGUUGCUGUUAUACCUGAUAUUUAACAUUUAAUAGAAGGUUUCAUAAUGACAGCAGGAUAUAUAUAUAUAUAUAUAUAUAUAUAUAUAUAUAUAUAUAUAUAUAUAUAUAUAUAAAAUCGUAACACCAGCAGAAGAUUGCAGCUUUGAACCUUUUUGCUGAAUGUUUCCCCUCUGGGUUUUGUCCAUUUUACACUGUAUUCUGUCCCAGAUGUACCGUUUGUGUUCUUUGUUAGUAGCCAUAUGUUGGUUGGAAUUCCAAUUGAUUUAUUUAAAAAUAAAAAGGACAGAGAAAAAACAAACUAUUGUGAAUAGUUUGCUGAUAUUUUAGAGCAUUAUGUAUACAGGGGUAGCAGUAUACAGAAUAAAAGUAAGGGCAAUGCAGUUGUCCACCAUGUAAAUCAUGUGACACCUUGUACUUAUUUAACAAUUUUGGAUACUUGAAGGAGAUGUAAAUGUUUAGUGCAUAUGUAAUACAAUUUAUUUACAUAGUUUCAAUUCAGGUGUUUAGAUUGCAGUGCAAGCCCAAUGCAUGAUGAACUUUGGUAAAUGAACUCUAAUUGCACUGUUAACUAUCAUUUAUACAGUUUAUCUUCCUUACUAGUUGGCUUUGUUACUAAAUGUUAAAGGUGCAGUGUCCCCAUAAUCUUUGUUUUUUGUUUUUAAACCCAUUAAAGAAGAUUUGCUCCAAGUGCCACGAUACAACUUUAAGCAACUAUUUAUUUAUUUUUACAACUGUUACUGCAGCUAGUUGCUGGGUGAUCUUUUCAUACAAUUUUCCCAAGUUAAUGAAAUCAAUACUGUUUUAUUUUUUUUGUUUUGAACUGUGCACCUGGAGGAAAAUUCCUUUAAGUUCUCGCCUAAUACGAGUUGCAUCAACAAUUGUCAGAAAUAGUUGCAUGAUGAUUUCCUCUUGUUUCAUGGUCUAGCCUACCCCUUUUUUGUGUUUUGUGUUCGAAGCUGUCAUAAAGCUUGAAAGUAACAUUUGUAACCUCCUAAAUGCAGUAAGUGGGGUUUUACCAAUAAAUGACAAUUAUUUGAUAUGUAA